AUGCGCCUCAAUAAAGAAGAGAAGAGGAGCGCCGUAAAGACAAAACAAAGCCACACAUUUCAACGAACAGGCGCUGGUCGCUUUUUUAUUUUUAUUUUUUGUAAUCAAACAAAUUUCAUUCAUUAUUCAUAACGAUUACCGGCAAUAUCAAUAAAAGGCUUGCAUCAUGCCGAGUAGUACGUCUUUGCUGGAGGCCGAUGAGGGAGAGUCCGAGGUCCCACCGCCGCUCCUGCACGCUUUCGCCGGUAUGGGCCUUGACGAGCAGCACGGCGCUCAUAGCCAGACGCCCGAACUAGCUGACGAGAGCCUCCCCUUUCACCACCUCCCGCUCUCCUCGGUCUCCCAUUUCAGCCUCCUCGGUACGGUCCUCGACUUGAAGCCCUUGCCACUGCCUCGUCCGCCCUCGGGAGACGAAAUUAACAAAACGGCAGCGGCUGAGGACGAGGAGGAGCCAUUAGUUGCAACCGAUUCCUCGUUGCUAACGCAGGCCCACCACCGCAACCAACACCUACUUUCUGGGCCGGCUAGCUCCGGGAUGGAGCACAUCGAGACUGUGUUGCUAUACAACGGAGACGAGCGGGACGAUCCUGCGGUCGGCGGCGCUCUCCCGCCGGCUAACAGCAUGACGAUGCUACCGUCCGGCGGGUUCGGGGAGCCGGAUUACGGAGAGGCCGAGACAUCACUGUUGAACCGGCGUAAGAGCGUAAACACGACCGAGUGUGUGGCCGUGCCGAGCUCGGAGCACGUCGCGGAGAUCGUUGGCAGGCAGGGCUGUAAGAUCAAGGCACUUCGAGCCAAGACCAACACCUACAUUAAGACACCAGUGAGGGGGGAACAGCCAGUCUUUGUUGUGACGGGGCGUAAAGAAGAUGUGGCCAUGGCUAAAAGGGAGAUCAUGUCUGCGGCUGAGCACUUUUCCCUUAUCAGAGCCUCUCGGAACAGGACGGGCCCUCUUACUGCAGGAGCCAGCCUCGGGACUCCGGCUUUACCUGGACGGACUACAAUUCAGGUGCGGGUACCAUAUCGUGUUGUUGGGUUGGUUGUGGGUCCUAAAGGAGCAACCAUAAAACGCAUUCAGCAGCAGACCCACACCUACAUUGUGACGCCGAGCCGGGACAAAGAGCCAGUGUUUGAGGUUACGGGCAUGCCGGAAAACGUGGACCGGGCAAGGGAGGAGAUAGAGGCCCAUAUCGCCCUCCGCACCGGAACCUGCGGGGGCAUCGAGGCUCCAGGUGUAGACAACAAUGACUUUCAGUUCAACGGGACAGAUGUCAGCUUCGAGACAUCGGCUGUUUUGGGAGAGGCCGGAUGGCUUCAGGCAGUUGCAUCAUCACCAGGCGGCGGUGGCUUGCUGCCACUAAACAUCAGCGGUACUCAGCGAGUCAAUAGCAAUAUCAACAAUGGCGCCAGGAUGUCUUCCAACUACCGCAACGACAGCUCCAGCUCCCUGGGCAGCGGCACCAGCUCAGCCGAUUCUUUUUAUAGCAGCGGGAACGUCAACCGACUGGCAGAUGUCAGCCCGACCGGCCCGUUUAAUGCCAACGCUAACAACAACAGCAAUGGCGGCAGUGCAAGUUUCUGGUUUGGCGAGGGCCUUCUUCCCGUGGGGUCUGAGGAGCUGGUUGGGCUGGGAGGUGGAGGCUCCUCCUCAGGAUUUGACCCAUUAACCAUUUCCACUGCCCAUUCGUCACACCCUACUGCACAGCCACACAUCUGGAGCCCCUUUGUGGACCACCAGCCCCUCCAGGCCUUUGAUGCUCUUCAGUCUCAGACAAGCCAGCCUGGGACACCCCGGCUCUCGCCAACCUUCUCUGGGACCGAUGCCCUGGAGCAUCCUCAGGCCCAGCGUGUUCACCGGGGACCGUUUGGCUCGGCCGGGGCUCUCGACGCCCACAGGUUCCCCUCUUACAGCUCAGCCUUCUCCUCCUCAAGUGAAAGCACCGCCUCCUCUUCCUCCCCUCCCGAAUCCUCGCUCGCCUAUCGACUGGGGCUCGGAUCAACAGGGAGGGGACAGGAUUUGUGCGUCCAGUGUAUGAAUAACCAGGCGAUCGCCGCCUUGGUUCCUUGCGGCCAUAACCUCUUCUGUCUAAAUUGUGCCACCCAGAUAUGCCAGGGUCCAGAUGCUGUGUGCCCUGAGUGUCUGUCCCCAGCCACCCAGGCCAUUCAGCUUCGCAAUAUGUGAUUUUCUUCUUCUUCUCUUUUUUUCCCCUUAAUUUCCUUUAUAACUGAUUAGAGAUCAGCCUGCCCAACACUUAUGGUUCAUGACGUGUGUGUGUGUGUGUGUGUGUGUGUGUGUAGGGGAGGGAAAUACAAAACUGACCCCAGGUCAGUGUCUAAGUGUAAUUCUCAUCUGGCUUCCUUUAAGCUGGUGAAGCAGAGUAGGUGAAUAAGGAAUGAUGUUGAUUUAGGGCCGAGGUUAGGGUGCUGAGCCCGUUCACGUGCCUGGUAUUGUGAAGUCUUCUUCCUUGAUUGAUCAACGAGAGGGUUCGAAACCCUCUAUGUAGCAUUGGGGGGAGGGUGGGGUUGGGAUAGAUAUAUUUUUUGAUUCAUAUUUUCUUUUUUGUCCUUAAAAUCUUUAGUUAUUGUUAUUUUUUUGUACCUACCUAUAAUUUUAUUUGUUUUAAAUUGAGUUUGAAUUCUAUUGGCCUUUUUUGUCUACAUCUCAAAAGUUUUUUUUUCGUUAAAAUACAUUGAAUUAUGGCCAAGACCCUUUGCCUUUAUUUUAAGUAAAAGAAAAAAAAAAGUAGAGGCAAAUGAGUUUCCAUGAGUUCCACAUGUGACUGUAUAACUACACUAUUAAGGAAAAAUAGUGUUCUUCUUGUUACUUAAAAACAAACAAACAAAAAACCAAGUUAAUGCAGUAAAUCUGAUACAGCGUAGAUCGUCUUUUCAGAAUUCAUGUUUCCCAGAUGAUUGGUGCAAAUAUCAUCAGGCUACCGGCGCACACCUGCGCGUCUUUAAAAAGGAUGUUUACAUUCAGUAGGACUUGAAUGAGAGGUUUUGAGUACUGCUAAUAUAAUAACAGUGUAACACACACGGACACACACCCGCGGCGUGUUUUGACUUUAUUAACUACAAUUUGAAAGUUGUCGCACUCCAACGGCAAUCUCUCGUUGCCUCAUUUCUUUAUUCUUUUCCCAGAAUAACACCGACAAGUGAGUAACUUUUUUUUAUUACUUUUGGGGUCGAGAUACCGCUUCAGUAUCGCCACGUUGCUUUCCACUUAUACUUACAAACUGUUUACGGUAAACUUGUGCCUAAUUCCACUCUGAGUGUAAACAGAAGUAAACCGGUUCAGCGGACACAUGGCGUUGCUCUAUCUUUAAACAAACUUGUGGCCUUUUUUUGGGAAGCCAGUAAUUAAUUCACAACACUAUCUUCAGAUCCAGAUUUUCGGGCUCAAAAGAACACAAGCUGACAGACCGAAGUCUUAAUAUAUUUGUCGAGGUUCAGUCUCCCAAGACGCUCCUCGCUGGAACAAAUCUUGUCUCACGAGGACGCUUUCUUUCGCUUCCUAUUUUCCCAAGCUGAUAUCGAGCGUUGCGUUCAUAUUUUUUGGCACCAAACUUUCUUAUUUUGUCCAUUUCUGUUGUCGCAUUUCCCCACCCCCACCUCAGUUUAUUUACUUCUAAUUUAUAUGUCCGUUACGACCUCGUAUGGAAACAAAGUACUGUUUUUCAGCCAAAAA